GGUUGUUAUCAUCGCAAUCCAAGUUUUAUAAAAAAAAAAAAUUAAAAAAAAAAAAUCGAACUCCAAACCGCAUAUGGUCGCAGCUUCAUCGCCUUCUUUCUCUUAAAAGUUAAAACCCUCCAAGAAAACCACCAUUCACCUCCUCUAGUCGGCUGCGCCUCUGCCAACCACCUCCCCCUUCUCCGCUGCUGCUAUUUUCGUAAGAUUUGCGAAGAAAAGACAUAAAGAUGGCAACUUCUGAUGAUGAGGUUGAGGACUUGCCGGAGUCUGUGACUAAUUACUACUUUGUUGAUGAUGGUGAGGAACCCAUUUCAUUUUCUGUUCUGCCUAUCAACUGGAAUCCAAGUGAGACCAUGCAGUGUAAGGGAAGACAGAUAUACUUGCGUGGGAAUGCUGAUGGUGGGCUGGAUAAAAUUUAUAAGCUUGUUAGAGCUUGGAAUUUCGAUAUCUCUGGAGUAAAACCGGAAAUAUCUGUUCUUUCUAAGGAUAACAACUGGAUUAAGCUUCUAAAGCCAAGACAAAGCUUUGAGGAAAAAUUCAUUGGUAAGGUGUUGAUAACAGUGAACUUCCUUAGCCUAGUGAAAAAACAUCCACAAUGGCAUGGGAAGCAUGUUUGGAAAACGUUGUCGGAGACUUUCAGGUUGUAUGAGAACACCCCUUCUUCAAAACACCUUAUAAUGACAUUGAUUGAGCAAGCUGUGAAUCAUGAUGAAUCUUUAAAGAAAUCGAAGUUCUUAAUGACAGUUCUUGAGAGAAAAUCACAAAAGAAGCAUAAAGCUGACGAGGAUAUUUUAGUUAAAGGGAAAAGUGAGUUUGUGGUUAGUGAUGAUGAUUGUUCAUCAGAUGAUCUUGAGGAUGAUUCUGGCGAUGAGGAAGAUGGUUCUGGUGAUGAAAAUAGUUUAGCUGAUGAGGAAGAUGAUGAAGAUGAGCCUUUUGAUUCAGUUUGUUCCAUUUGUGAUGAAGGAGGUCCUCUAUUAUGUUGUGAAGGAAGUUGCAUGAGAUCCUUUCAUGCUACUCUAAGAGCUGGUAAACCGUCUAACUGCCGUUCUCUUGGUUUUACUGAGAAGGAAGUGGAGGCUAUGCCUUACUUCAAAUGUAAAAAUUGCCAAUAUAAGCUACAUCAAUGCUUCUCUUGUGGGCUGUUAGGCUCAUCUGACAAACAGACUGGUGCCAAGGUAUUUCAAUGCAUUAAUGCAACCUGUGGGUACUUCUAUCACCCCCAUUGUGUUGCAAAACGGCUUCACGGGAAUGAUGAUGCAGCUACAGAAGUGGAGGAGAAGAUUCGUGCUGGAGAGUCAUUUACUUGCCCCCUUCAUACUUGCUUUGUUUGUAAACAAGCGGAAGAUAAGACUGAUCCUAAACUGCAGAUGGCUGUUUGUAGACGUUGUCCAAAGGCAUACCACAGAAAAUGUUUACCCAGGAAGAUAGCUUUUGAAGAAGAUGAAGAUGCAGGCGUUGAACAACGGGCUUGGGAAGGUCUAUUGGUGGACCGCAUCUUAAUCUAUUGCUUGAAGCAUCAGAUUUUGGAUGAUUUAGGGACUCCUUCCAGAGACCAUAUCAAAUUUGGUGAUGAUGACAAAGUUGCACUGAGAAAGAAAGUGUCAUCUUUGAGGGCACCUUCUCUGGCAUCACCUGCCUUAGAGUCGAAGAAAAAGACUGUUGAAGACAGUGUUCUAGAUAAAAAGGAUGAUAGAAGAGUUACUAAACUGCAAAAAAGUAACUCAUCCACGAAGUGGCUGUCUGAAAAGAAGCCUGCUUUGUCAAAUAUUGAUGGAUCUUUUAGGGGUGAAGAGCGCAAGUGUUUAAAGCCUUGUCAGACUGAGAAACUUGGUGAAAUUGAAACAAAAACUGCAGUGAAAAAAUUUGUGCCGAAAUUAGGUUCUGAUUCAGAAAGAAGGAUACUCGAUUUGAUGAACGAAGCUUCUUCUAUAAUUACAUUGGAUGAUAUUAUUGCGAAACACGAGAAAAUAAUUUCUAGCCGCCUAUAUAAGCAAAAAAUGGAUCCCUGUAAGGUUAUUACACUAGGGAAAGUGGAGAAAUCCUGUGAGGCUGUUUGUGCAGCUAAUAAGAAACUGGAAAGCAGUACCGAAGAUGCAAAAGAUGCAAAAGCUGCAAAAGGUAUUUGUGAGCCACAGAUUUUGAGCCAGUUGGUUAAGUGGAAGAGCAAGCUCAGAGUUUACCUUGCUCCUUUCUUAAUUGGUAUGCGCUAUACAUCUUUUGGUCGUCAUUUUACCAAGCCUGAGAAGCUUCAGGAGAUUGCCGAUGCACUUCAUUGGUACGUCAAAGAUGAUGACACGAUAGUUGAUUUCUGCUGCGGAGCUAAUGAUUUCAGCUUGUUUAUGAAAGAAAAGCUUGAAAAGAGGGGGAGAAAAUGCAAUUACAAAAAUUAUGAUCUUUUCAGACCAAAGAAAGAUUUCUGCUUUGAGACAAGGAAUUGGAUGGAUGUUCAACCUAAUGAAUUGCCGACUGGGUCAAAGUUGAUCAUGGGGCUAAAUCCUCCUUUUGGAGUUAAAGCAAGCUUGGCAAACCAGUUCAUUAAUAAGGCCCUUCAAUUUAAGCCAAAGCUCAUUAUUCUUAUUGUUCCCCCUGAAACCGAAAGGUUGGAUAAAAAGAAAAUUCCUUAUGAUUUGGUAUGGGAGGAUAAAGUUAAACUUUCAGGAAAGUCAUUUUAUCUUCCCGGGUCUGUUAAUACAAGUGACAAACAAAUGGAUGACUGGAACGUUGUGCCACCAGUCCUUUAUCUUUGGAGUCGCCAAGACUGGACUUCUAAGCAUCUGGAUAUAGCCAAGACGCAUCAUCGUCAUCUGCUUGAAGGACAGAGAGAGAACAACCCCCAAAACAGGCUUGAUCGUGAUUCGUCAUUUAAGAAGCGUGGUCAGAGUUCAAAAGCAAUGGAGAUAGACGACAAUGCUUCUCCACCACAAACUCAUCCAACAGAAGAUCUGAAGGAAAGAGCAGUUGAUGUUGAGAAGCAAUCUGCACCCAAGGAUGAUCGUCCAAGUAUAGACAAGCAGGUAAAAGCUACCCCACAGAGUAACAGAAGUAAGAAGAGGAAUGAAAAGAAAAAGAGGCAGCGUGAAAUGGUACGAGGGGGGCCUGUUGAGUCCUCUCAUGACUACAAACGGAGACAUUUGUCUCCACAUGAACCUCGGCCUCGGGCCUAUGAAGUGGCCCGACACUCCCCUCACCCUCACCCUCACGUUGCAACGAGGGAUUAUCCAGCGUCUCCUCCACCUAAAUUUGAAUCUGCCCAUGAUGAAGAGAGACGAUUCUCUGUGGAGCGCAUGACUAGGUAUCAUUCUCCCCCCUCAAAUGUGGAGAUUGGAAGUGUGAAUUAUGUGAAUCCUCAUCAUCACCAUCCACAAGAUGACAUUUAUCCAAGUGAAAGAGAGAGAUAUCAGCAUCCCACUUUUGGGAACACGAGAUCAAGAUCAAGAUCACAACCUCACGCUUAUGAAAUCAACGAACCACCUUACAUUGAAACUGUUCCAGCAUAUCCAGGACCAUCAACAUAUAGGACUGAAACAUCAGGUUACACUGGUAGAGUGGAUCAUGUUAUGUCAGGCUCAGCUAUUGAUAAAUAUAAUUUUGGAUUGAAUGCAACAAACGUAACUCCGAGGAUGGGUGGUGCUGGUUAUGGUCAUGGUCAUGGUCCUGGGCCUGAUAUGGGUCCCAGGCCCGAUGUUGUUCCUGACUUCUACCCUCAUCAUCAUCAUCCCCCACCCCCGAGACCUGAAUAUUCAAUGGGGUUUGCACCAGGUCCCGCCAAUCCUUACUAUUCUUCUCACACUUCUUCGGGAGGCUGGAUUCAUGAUUAAACCGAGGUUUGCUGCUUUUCCUAACUUCUGUUCAGGGAUUUUGCUUUUGCUGGGGAGGACUACGAUGGUAUUGUCCUGGAUCAAGGUUAACCAUAACAGAUCUUGUAAUUUUAUUAGAAGUCAUUUUAGAUGUUACCAAUAAUAAUGUAAUGCGACUGAAAUUUGGUUGUCUUUGUUAUUGCUAGUGUUAUCAGGAUUUCUUUGUCUAGUUCUAUUUUUCUUAAUGAAAGGGUAGUUUCUCCA